GUGUCGACCACGAUGAUGGCGGUGCGCAUGCUGCGGCAGCUGGUCGGUGUGCGGGGCCAGGCCCUCAAUACGGCAGUGUCCCUUCCUUCGCACCAUCGAUGCUGCCAGUCUAUCUUGCCUAGUGCGGCCCUGAGCGUGGCCAAGACACAUUAUGCCACAGAUGCCACGCCGAGUGCGACAUCGCCUCAAGGACUGCUCAAGUUUUUCUCAGAGGGUGAGACCCCCGGAACGAUUGGUAGUUUUUUCAAGGAUCGCGAGGUGGGCCGUCGCUGGCUUGCCCGUGACCUUCGUCUUAAGUCCGACCCGGAUUUGCACAAGCUCUGGUAUGUCCUGCUGAUUGAGAAGAACAAGCUCAUGACGGCCAAGUAUGAAUGCCGUCGUCAGGGCUACACCAUGCCAGGCGCUGACCGCUUGCGCAAGGUGCGUAAGUCCAUGGCAGCUCUCAAGACGGUCACGGAGGAACGUCAAAAUGCCCGUGUGACUUUGAUGCAAAGCCAGCCCGAGGACUGGGUCCGCCUCCGUGAGGCCGCCAAUGCGCCCGCGUCCAUUGUGCCAGAACGCGCAGCGCGCCUGCCUCUCAGUGACCGGGCUGCUGAGAUCUUGGAGGGCGUCGAACCCGCAAACCGACCACGCCCCGGCCAGCAAAUGCGUCCAAUGACCAAGCGUGAGCGAAGCACCUUCCGCCGCGAGCUCCGCCUUGCCCGCGGCAAAAAGCUUCGUCAAGAAGCCACCGCCUAUCGCAAUGCACUCAAGGCCAUGUCCGAUGAUCAAGUACUGGCUGAACUCAAGGCAAAGGUCAUGCCCGAGCUUUUGAUGGGUCUCAGUGUGCGCCUUCUCAGCCUUAAGAACAAGUAUUGCUUGGUGGAAGCACGCAAGCGAGGAGUCUCUCCCAUCUAAAGCCCCCCAGUGCACCAUUUCAUUCCAAAGCCGACCUUGCGUUUGUUUGUUUGUUUUUUUGUGAUGGGAAAUCUUCUGGAAUCAUCUGUCCAGGGACCAAAUCAGCCGCUCAGGGUUGUUAGGGGGCGGUUGGACACACCACGUUCACCUUUUUGGCCUUGCACGAGCUGUCUCAAAUUGUUUCUCAAAGCAACAUGCCCUUUUUCCCGUCUCAUCAGCUGCGGGAACUCUUUUAUUCUUCGCCGCCGUUCUCUCUCUCAGGCUGUUUCCUCUUCCUUCGAUACCUGUUUUGUUUCAACAGAACGUUCAAAUUAUG